AGUAAUAUAGCCAACUACUAUAGUAAUAUAACACCGGACAACAGUAAUAUAGCCCCAAACAACAGUAAUAUAGCCCCCGACAACAAUAAUAUAGCCACAGACAACAGUAAUAUAGCCACAGACAACAGUCAUAUAGCCACAGACAACAGUAAUAUAGCCACAGACAACAGUAAUAUAGCCCCCGACAACAGUAAUAUAGCCACAGACAACAGUAAUAUAGCCCCAGACAACAGUCAUAUAGCCACAGACAACAGUAAUAUAGCCCCAGGCAACAGUCAUAUAGCCCCAGACAACAGUAAUAUAGCCACAGACAACAGUAAUAUAGCCCCAGGCAACAGUAAUAUAGCCCCAGACAACAGUCAUAUAGCCCCAAACAACAGUAAUAUAGCCCCAGGCAUCAGUCAUAUAGCCCCAGACAAGUCAUAUAGCCCCAGACAAGUCAUAUAG